AGUAAGCAAGGGGUGUGGCAAACCUCUGUGAUUGAUCGUUGUGAUUCUCAUACAACUUUUCGUCGAAAGUUCGAUUGGCUGAACAAUCUGGUUACUGGAGAUGAGAAGUGGGUGCUCUAUGUUAACCAUUCCAGAAAACGUCAAUGGCUUCCGAUCGGUGAGAAAGGAAUACCGACGCCAAAGCCUGAUCUUCACCGAGUUGCAGAAAAGACCAACGGAAAAUAUGAAAAACUAUAUUUUCUUCACGAUAAUGCUAGGCCUCAUGUCGCCAAGAAGACUUUCCAAAAGCUGCAAGAUCUUGGUUGGACUGUUUUACCGCAUCCACCAUAUUCUCCAGAUCUUGCACCAACCGACUACCAUUUGUUCUUGUCUCUCAGUGACUACAUGCGCGACAAGCAAUUCGACGACGAAGAGCAUCUCAAAACUGAACUCUCCACUUUCUUCUCAUCGCGUUCGCCGGAUUUCUUCUCCCGUGGCAUCAUGAUGUUACCUAGUAAAUGGCAACAAGUGGUGGACACUAAUGGUGAAUACUUGUGUGAAUAG